GUCAUAACUCUGUCAACUUGUGUACCUAAUGCAGUGCAGAAGAUGAAGCUCCUCUGGCUGCUUUUGCUGGCUUGUGUUGCUGGGGAGCAUUGCGAUAGACCCUGCCCCAUCAAAGAUAACCCCGGAUGUGCCAGCAGGAAUGGCAAUUGCUUUUAUACCGUUCGCCAUCCGUGUGUUUUGCAAGCAAUCAACUGUUAUCGGAAGUCGAAAGGCUUAUCUGCUCUGAAACCCGUUUCUCGCAGCAAGUGUACUAAACACCAAGUUCCUGUUUGCGAAAAUAUUGAUACAUCAUAAUAUGUUUAUGUUCAAAAAUGUUUAAUUUAUAUUUUUCUCUCUAUAAUAUAUUAUUUAAUAUUAUUUGUUUAAAAUAAAAAAAGUUAUGAAAAGUUCUUAAAGUAA